UGCGCAGUUACCUAUCCUUAUCACUUAUGAAUCAGCUGAUGGCAAGAAGUAACCGUUGCGUAUUAAUAGGGAUUCAUUUUGUGUGAUAAUUUCAAGUAAAUAUGUCAUUAAAUACAGCGCACGCCAAUGGAGGCGUACUUAUUCACGCUGGAGAAGUUAUUUUAUUAUAUUGCGACAAUGUUUCCAUGGAAUUUCAUGGUCAAGAACAACCUGCAUUUAUUGGUACCAAACGUGGAAGAUUAUACUUGACAACGCAUAGAAUGAUCUUCAAUGCUAAAAAUCCAAAUGAAGAAAUGAAAUCUUUUAGUUUCCCAUUUAUUACACUAAGUGAAGUUGAAUUAGAGCAGCCUAUAUUUGGUGCUAAUUGUAUCAGAGGAAAAUGUCGAGCUCAGCCUAAUGGAAAUUGGAUAGGAGAAUGCAAAUUUAAAUUAUAUUUUAAGAGUGGAGGUGCCAUAGAAUUUGGUCAGGCCAUGUUAAGAGCAGCAGAAAUGGCACAACGAAAUGGUCCUGAACAUGAUGCUCCACCGCCAUAUACACCACCGACAUCAGGCUGGUAUGCGGCACCACCAGUAGCUUAUUUAGCUCCAGCAACUAGAAAUUAUGGAUGGAUGCCACCGGUUAAUGUAUUUCCUGAUGCUCCACCAGCAAAUAGUGUUUUUAUGACUGAGAUGCCUCCUCCCUAUCCUGGUAUAAAUUCUCCUUAUCAAGGAUAUGCAAGUGGAGCACCACAACAUCCACAAGGUGCAUGGGGUGGUGUCAAUCAGCAAUCAAAUUGGGUACCAACACAACCAAAUGGUGCACCAGGAUUGGCUAAUCCCAGUUACCCUCUUGGAGGUGUGUAUCCAAAUUUUAAUGAGUAUCAACAAUGUCCACCAUAUACACAAAAUCCACCAUAUACACAAAAUCCACAAUAUACACAAAACCCACCAUAUAUACAAAGUCCACCAUAUACACAAAAUCCACCAUAUACACAAAAUCCACCAUAUACACAAUGUCCACCAUAUACACCAUAUCCUGGAGGUAAUAAUUACUAUUCAAAAUAAUUAUCUUAUUUAAAUAGACUUUGAUUAUGGAUUACAAAAAAUUCCAAUUUAUAUGCUUUUUGAAGAGUUUAAAUCUUAAAACAUAUUUUUAUGCAGAAAGUUAUUAAAGUAUUAUAUCGUUACACAUAUAAAUAUUAUACAUAAAUAUAUACAUUCUUACAUUUACUUUUUACAUAAAUUAACACUAGAACUACUGACCUAUUUUUACCAUAUUUGUCAAUUUGAUGAGUACUUGAAAAAAGAAUACUCUUUAUUAGUUAUUAUUUUUAAUUUAUUUAAUGUUACAAUAAUAAAUAAAAACAAUUUUUAAUUAACAAUUCUCUAAUAAUUCUGAUUUUGAUAACGAAAGAAAUCUGAAAGUCAUUAUUUUGACAGAUUUGGUAGUUCUAGCGUUAAACUAUAUUUCUCUUUAAAAAAUGUUAAAAUAUUUGCACAAAUAUAUAUUAACCAUUGUAAUGUAGUAGUUAACAAUGUGUUGUUUCUAAGAGGUUAUGACUCUAUGAAACAAGUUAUAUAAUUAAUAUAACAUGGUAUUAAAGGUCAAUAAAACAUUA